GCCGCCAACCUGUGACAGCAAGCUCAGCGCGCGCAUGUUAUACAUACUGGGUCACUAUAUAUAUUCACAACCACGCUCUCUCUAUCCCCGUGGUGUGUGUGCGAUGAUCGCUGCUCUAGUGGCCGCUGGUCGCCGAUUUCGUUUUCGUCGCAGUGCUGUCGUUUCCAGCUCGCGUGGCAUGUCGACAACUACGUGGCCAAACGUUGACAGCACUGGUAGCGGUGCGGCCGCAACCUUCUGCCUGGCCGACUAUGACGUUGUCGGGUUUGACUUAGACAACACGCUGGCGCGUUACCGGUUGCCGGCACUGUUCGAGCUCAUCCACGGAAGUGUCCGCGACUACCUCUCUACGAGCGCUGGUCACCAGCGGCCGGGUGGCAGGUUGUGGCCCAGUGCGCGGGCAUUCUCGCAGAGAGGUCUGCUGAUGGACAAAAAGCGGGGCCUCCUGGUCAAGUUUGACGCCAACGGAAAAGUAGACCGCGCCUUGAAGGGUUUCAAACGCCUUUCAGAUUCGGAGGUGGAGGAACUGCAAAAGGAGUACACUGGGCUGAAGUUCCGGAGUGACCUGCGUCCAUCCCAGGAGUGGUACAAUUUCGCCGACUACUUCACCGUGCCAACUGAGGCCUUGUAUGCUGAUAUGGUUGCGUGUGCCAAACCAGCGGCCUCGCUGGAGCCUCUCUGGCAUGACCUCUUGGAGGGAAUCAUCCACUUCUACCGUCCGGGUGGGCCCCGAGCCACAACCUUGCUUCAGACUCCCGAUGUGCUUGUUCGGCCCUGCCCUCCAUCAGUAAAAGCUUGGAUCCAGAGCCUGCGAACGGCUGGCACCCGCACUUUUCUUAUGACUGGCUCAGAGCCACUGCUUGCGUUUGCCAUUGCAUCCCAUGCUUUAGGCCCUCAGUGGCGUGACCUCUUUGACCUGGUGAUUGUGGGUGCCAACAAGCCAGCUUUCUUCACCGAUACCUCCCUUACCUUUCAGGUUGUUGAAGAAGAUGGCUCAGAGAGGCCCCUCGCCCUUUGUGAGCAGCUGUGUGCAGGUGUUGUAUAUUGUGGUGGAAACUGGACAACCCUGUGUGAACGCUGGCUUGGCUGCCGUCGCGCACUCUAUGUCGGCGACUCAUUGGUGGAUGACAUUGUUGCUUCACAAGGCUGCUGUGAAAGUGUAGCUAUUCUUGAAGAACUUGCUGUUGAAGCUGCUUCAUCGGAAUUUACAGUGCACGAUGGAAUUGAAUACCUUCUGUCUGAUGUGUGGGGCUCAGUAUUUGCAUCGCCACAGGGUCCAAGCUAUCUGACAAAGGCUGUUUGUGGGGCAGCAAAGUUGGCAGUGCCAGAUGUGGUGCAGCUGGCCAAGUUGACGCAAAGCACAAGAAUCCCAGCCUUUGAUGGCACUGUGGGUCUUUCUGGUUUCUAUCCAAGACCGCCAGAAUCAUUGGUUACUUUGCUUGCAUGUUCGUCUGCGGAGAAAAGUAGGCGACAUUGAGUGUACUAGA